AAGAUGAGUUCAAGGAGCAAAGCAUGGUUAGUAGCAGCAAGCAUUGGAGCGUUAGAAGCGUCCAAGGAUCAAUUAGGCAUGUGCCGGUGGAACUACUUGAUCAGGUCUGUGAAUCAACGUAUCAAAAAUAAUGUGAGAUCCGCUUCUCAGGCUAACAGAUUCUCUUCUUCGUCCACUACCACCACCGUCGCUGUAGCUUCCGUUAAUGGUGAUAAUAAGGCGAAGCAAGCUGAGGAGUCUCUUAGGACAGUUAUGUACUUGAGCUGUUGGGGUCCUAACUAAAUUCAGACCGGAUCUCUUGUUGUGUAGUAGA